CAUCAUUUCCAUUAUUACCAAAAUCAAAGCUUUUUCAACAACCGAAGAGAACAACACCGCCACCGCCGCCGCCACCACCAUCCGCCGCCAAAUGUCCAAUACCAACCCCGAUUCAGUCACGGCGCCGCCACAGCGCCCAACCAUAACUCUCCCGCCGCGUCCCUCCGCCGAGGCUUUCUUCGCCGGCGGCGGCGGCGCAAGUCCCGGCCCCAUGACCCUCGUCUCCAGCUUCUUCUCCUCCGACUCCGGCGACUGCCGCUCCUUCUCGCAGCUCCUUGCCGGAGCCAUGGCCUCCCCACUGGCGUUCGGCGCCGCCGCAGCUAGGCCCACCACCGCCGACAAUUACGGCAAAGAAGACGAUCACAAGAACGUGGGGUUCAAGCAGAGUAGACCCAUGAAUUUGAUGAUUGCUCGUUCCCCAAUCUUCACAAUCCCUCCAGGGUUGAGCCCUUCCGGGUUUCUCAACUCACCAGGCUUCUUUUCCCCACAGGUAAUUAGCCCUUUUGGGAUGUCCCACCAACAGGCUUUAGCACAAGUUACAGCUCAAGCUGUCCUAGCACAAUCUCAUAUGCACAUGCAAGCUGAUUACCAGCCAUCUACUGUAACAGCUCCCACUGAACCAUUGGUAGAGCAGCCAUCUUUUACUCUAAAUGAAGCUUCAGAGCAGCCAGUGGUGGCAUCUGUAUCAGAACCUAGAAAUGCUCAAAUGGAAAUGUCAGAGCUUUCACAUCCUGAUAAGAAAUAUCAACCAUCUUCCCUGGCCAUUGACAAACCUGCCGAUGAUGGUUACAACUGGCGUAAGUAUGGACAGAAACAGGUUAAGGGGAGUGAGUAUCCACGGAGCUACUACAAGUGUACACAUCUGAAUUGCCUUGUGAAGAAAAAAGUUGAGCGUGCCCCUGAUGGUCACAUAACUGAAAUUAUCUAUAAAGGCCAGCAUAACCAUGAAAAGCCUCAAGCAAAUAGGCGUAUCAAAGAUAAUAGUGAUUCAAAUGGAAAUGCAAGCAUUCAACCUAAGUCUGAGUCAACUUGGGUUGGAAAUGUAAACAACUUUACUGAAAACGUGCCUGAUUGUUCAGUGCCUGAGACUGACCAGACUUCCAAUCAAGAGGCUCCAAGGCAACUACCUGGAUCAAGUGAGAGUGAGGAAGUGGGUGAUGUAGAUAACAGGGAAGAGGGAGAUGACAAUGAGCCAAAACCUAAGAGAAGGAACACUGAUCCUGUGGUUUCUGAAGUACCUCUGUCUCAGAAGACUGUCACAGAGCCCAAAAUCAUUGUGCAAACAAGAAGCGAAGUUGAUCUUUUGGAUGAUGGCUAUAGGUGGCGAAAGUAUGGUCAGAAAGUGGUGAAGGGAAAUCCUCAUCCAAGGAGUUAUUACAAAUGCACUAGUGCAGGAUGCAAUGUGCGUAAGCAUGUUGAGAGAGCUUCAACGGACCCCAAAGCUGUCAUAACAACAUAUGAGGGAAAACAUAAUCAUGAUGUGCCUGCUGCAAGAAACAGCAGCCACAACACAGCUAAUAGCAAUUCAAUGCCAUUAAAACCACAUAAUGUGGUACCGGAGAAGCAUCCCUUGCUUAAAGAUAUGGAAUUUGGAAGUAAUGACCAAAGACCCGUACAUUUACGCUUAAAAGAAGAGCAAAUCAUAGUAUAAAGUCUGGUGCCAAGAUCCGUUAUUCCAUUUUCAAGUUACUGGUCAAUGAAGAGAACUCACCUAAUGUUGUCUAGAAGAUGAAAUGGUUAAUCUGAAGGUGUAGUCAGAUUUGGCAAUGGUUAGUGCAUGUUUAUUGUUUUAUAGUUUCUCUGUAUGUAAUACCACUUUUUGUACAUCUAAAUUAUGGAAUUGUUUGUAUAAGAUGUUCACAGGUAUGAAGAUCAUUUCAACUAAUGUAUGGACAUUAUUACAAAUAAAAUUGAAAAACUGGCAUUGCUCGAUUGAACUCCUUUGUAUGUUAUGGAAGUUGAAAUAAUUAUUUUGCUAAUUUUAGUCUUGUAUGGAUUGAUCCAUA